AUGGAGUAUCGUGUUUUUGAUUAUCUUUUUAAACUCCUCCUUAUUGGAGACUCUGGAGUAGGAAAAUCAUGUUUGCUACUACGUUUUGCUGAUGAUACUUAUACGGAGAGUUACAUUAGUACUAUUGGUGUUGAUUUCAAGAUAAGAACUAUUGAUCUUGAUGGUAAAACGAUAAAACUUCAAAUAUGGGAUACUGCUGGACAAGAACGUUUUCGAACUAUUACGAGUUCUUAUUACAGAGGAGCACACGGGAUCAUCAUUGUUUAUGAUUGCACAGAUCAAGACUCAUUUAAUAAUGUUAAACAGUGGUUAGAAGAAAUUGACCGCUAUGCUUCUGACAAUGUUAACAAGUUAUUGGUCGGCAAUAAAUGUGAUUUAAAUGUCAAAAAAGUCGUUGAUUACGCUACUGCUAAGGAAUACGCUGAUCAAUUAACUAUACCAUUUCUUGAGACUUCAGCGAAAAAUGCUAUGAAUGUAGAACAAGCUUUCAUGACUAUGGCAGCAGAAAUAAAAGCACGAGUUGGUCCACCAUCAGGUACAGAUGCUGAUCCAGCUCAUAAAGUGAAGAUAAAUCAAGGUCGCGAUGUUGAUGCGCCUAAAUCAGGAUGUUGCUGA